UGGAAUUGAAUCUUUCAAUCAAAGUUUAUUAAGGAUAAUAGUUACACCUAAAAAUACAUCUUCCUAAAUAAAUGCAUCCAAUAAUAAAUAAAAAAUAAACUCAAUAAACAAAUAAAUGUCAAAAUAGAUAAUCACCGUUAAGUCAAGGUCUGCAUAUUAAAAAUUAAUGCGUUUUACGCGAUUCUAGUCAUAGGAAAUGAACUUUGCACUGUGUGAAUUAUAUCAUACAUCAAAUAAAACAAUUUUCUAAAAAUGCAUAGGUGCGUAUCUAAACCGCAAAUCAGAUAAGAUAAUUUGUAGGUUAUAAAUUCAGAAUCUAACUUCAUUCUAUCAUAAAUUAUUUUUCUACAUAUUCUUACGUAAAAAAUGAUCGAGAUAAACUGGCCGGCAAUAGGUUUUACUGUUCUGCCUAAUUUGGGAGGCAUCGCCGGUGGAUUUAUUACGAAAAAGAGCAUCAACCCUUGGUAUGAGGGUUUAAAGAAACCAGAAUGGAGACCCCCAAAUUGGGCUUUUGGGCCAGUAUGGACGACGUUGUACAGCUCGAUGGGCUACGCCUCGUAUUUGGUAUACAGGGAUGGUAAUGGUUUCGAAGGUGGUGCCAAACUGCCUUUGAUGGUAUAUGGAGUCAAUAUUUUGGCGAAUUGGUUAUGGACACCGAUUUUUUUCGGAAAGAAAGAUAUAAAAUUGGCUCUCUACGAAAUGCAACUAGUUAACGGGACGGCACUGGCUACUGCUUACCUAUUUUACAAAGUAAACCACACUGCAGGCUUUAUUAUUUUACCCUACUGUCUCUGGUUGAGUGUGGCAACGGCGCUAAACUAUGUCAUCUACAGGGACAAUAAGGACAAAAUUAAGGAAAUAAAGGAGACGUAAAUAAUAGAAAUUGUUAAGGGGAUAAAAUUCUAGUUUAUGGUAUGGAAAUGUCAGUUAUUUGACUGAAAAUAGCAGUAUAUGUGUUGGAAAUUUAGUAAUCCAGUAGUUUAACGUCUUAUUUAAUGCAU